AUGGAUUGUGUGCCGGAUCACGAGUUUGCCAUGAGAGAAGUUGCACAGGCAUACGAGCUCAUCAAGAGCCAGCAGCCUCUCCUGCAGUUCUGCGACGAGCAGCCAUCUUCGGCUGCGACCAAUAAUCUGGUGCAGAGGCUCCUCAACGAGGCGCUGCAAGCGUUGCGCCUUGCCUUGUCAGUCAUGGACCCACAGCUUCCUGCUGCUGUAACAGGUCAUCAUUCAAGCUCAACCACAACCAACAGGCCUCAUCUCUUACGGCAGAAGAGCUCUGCAGGAGCAGGCGAUUCGGAAGGAGUGAUGAGCACCAUGACAAGGGGUAAAAGGAGAAGGUCAAAUGAUGCCAGUUCACGUAUUCUCUUGACUUCCAUGCCUCAUGAAGAUGGAUAUCACUGGAGAAAAUAUGGCGAGAAACAGAUCAAUGGAACCCAUUUCACAAGGAACUACUUCAGGUGCAGCUACAAAUAUGACAGAGGUUGCCAGGCCACAAAGCAAAUACAACAGCACAAUAACAGCGAUCCGCCAAUGUUUCAGGUGACCUACAACAGUGAGCACACCUGCAACCACACCACAACUUCCAACAAAUACAACAACGACAACGAUCUUCCACAUCUAAGCUACAGCAACGCCGAGGGAGUAGUGACCAUUCCAACUAGCCAUGCCAUGAAAGAGCAAGAACAGGGACCACUGCCGUCUCUUGUCGAAGUUUCUACCCUUUCUUUGGAUUCGAUGCCUACUGAAGACCCAUUUUGUUUCAGUAGCCACUACACUCUAAAUCCUUAUCAAGCUGAUGACCUAGUGAUGGAAAUGUCCAACAUACCAUGUGUGCGUAGUGAUGGAUAUUUAGACAUGGGGCCAAUGGCGCUGCCUGUGGAAACAUUGGAAGAUACCCCUUUCAACGAUCUUGAGCUUGACGAACUAUUUGACAGCAGCUGGAUUGACAAUUAG